AUGUCCUUGAUUCACAGCCGGUUAAAUCGUUUUCCUGUAUUAUUGUCUAUAAGUGCUUGGAACUUUAAGGUACGUGAAGCAGUUAAUCGAAAUGAUCCGGCGGAAUCACUUCUCCUGUAUCGAGAAAUGAAGCGCGGAGGAUUUGAGCCAAACAACUUGACCUUUCCAUUUGUGGCCAAGGCGUGUGCUAGGCUCGCUGAUAUCAGGUACUCCGAGAUGGUUCAUGCCCAUGUUUUGAAAUCUCCGUUUUGGUCUGAUGUGUUCGUUGGGACUGCGACGGUUGAUAUGUUUGUAAAAUGUAAUUCUUUGGAUUGUGCCGCCAAGGUGUUUGAGAGAAUGCCUGAGAGAGACGCUACCACUUGGAACGCAAUGCUCUCUGGUUUCUGUCAAUCGGGUCACACGGAUAAGGCUUUUGCUCUAUUUCGUGAGAUGAGACUCGACGAGAUUCCUCCUGAUUCUGUGACUGUUAUGACCUUGAUUCAGUCUGCUUCGUCUGAGAAAAGCUUGAAGCUUUUGAAGGCUUUGCAUGCCUUUGGGAUACGUUUAGGUGUAGAUGUGCAAGUUACAGUUGCUAAUACUUGGAUUUCUACUUAUGCGAAAUGUGGUGAUUUGGAUUCAGCAAAGUCAGUUUUUGAAGCUAUUAGGAGAGGUGACAGAAGUGUCAUCUCUUGGAACUCUAUGUUCAAAGCAUAUGCGAUUUUUGGGGAGGCAUUUGAAGCUUUUGGUUUUUACCGACUGAUGCUGCGUGAAGAGUUUAAGCCGGAUUUGAGCACCUUUAUUAACCUGGCUGCGUCAUGUCAGAAACCUGAUACACUAACGCAAGGAAGAUUGAUUCAUUCUCAGGCAAUCUGCCUCGGUACUGAUCAAGAUAUAGAAGUGAUCAAUACCUUCAUUUCCAUGUAUUCGAAAUCCGGAGAUACCUGUUCAGCGAGGCUUUUGUUUGACUGCAUGCCUUCAAGAACAUGUGUUUCUUGGACUGUGAUGAUAAGUGGCUAUGCAGAGAAAGGCGACAUGGAUGAAGCUUUGGCUUUAUUUAAUGCCAUGACCAUAACAGGAGUGAGUCCAGAUCUAGUUACCUUACUCUCCCUCAUUUCAGGUUGUGGAAAAUCUGGUUCACUAGAGAUUGGAAAAUGGAUUGAUGCUAGAACGGAUACUUAUGGCUGCAAGAGAGAUAACGUCAUGGUCUGCAAUGCUCUUAUUGAUAUGUACUCAAAAUGUGGAAGUGUCACCGAAGCUCGAGACAUCUUCGAUAACAUGACUGAGAAAACUGUAGUCUCAUGGACUACGAUGAUAGCUGGAUACGCUUUGAACGGAGUCUUCCUCGAAGCUUUGGAACUUUUCAACAAGAUGAUAGACUUGGGUUAUAAACCAAACCAUAUAACAUUCCUUGCUGUUCUCCAAGCUUGUGCUCAUUCAGGCUCUCUGGAGAAAGGGUGGGAGUAUUUCCUCACUAUGGAAGAAGUAUACAGCAUCAGCCCUGGAUUAGACCAUUACUCUUGUAUGGUAGAUCUUCUUGGAAGGAAGGGAAAGCUAGAAGAAGCUUUAGAACUCAUUCGUAACAUGUCAGCUAAACCUGAUGCUGGGAUAUGGGGUGCAUUGCUUAGUGCUUGCAAGAUCCACCGUAACGUGGAGGUGGCUGAGCAAGCGGCUGAGUGUCUUUUUAACUUGGAACCGGAAACGGCUGCGGCUUAUGUAGAAAUGGCAAACAUAUACGCAGCUGCUGGUAUGUGGGAUAGGUUUGCAAAGGUUAGAUCCAUGAUGAAACGCAGGAAGAUUAAGAAGUAUCCAGGUGAAAGCGUGAUUCAUGUCAACGGGAAGAAUCACACUUUUACAGUGGGAGAACGUGACCAUGCAGAACAUGAAACGAUAUACCUUGUGUUGGAUGGUUUGAGCCUGUUUGCCAGAGAUGAACAUAUACUGCGUAAAGAUGGGUAUGCAGAACAGAGUUAUGAACUUCGGUGGGUUUAG